ACUUUGCCGAAGACACCAAAUCGAUCAAAAAAUUCCUUCAAAAGAUACAGAUUUUUGAAUUUUCACAUAUCAUUUUUGUAUGGACAGCUGCCAAAUUUGUAUGGAAAAUUAUAUGGACAAACUAAUGAUGCAAAAUGGCUUCUUUGGGCAUACCGAAGGCACCAAAAAAGUUUUAGCUGGAUUAAAAAAUACAAAAAAAAAUCGAAUGAUCGAAAUCUCAGAGAAUUGCUUAGGUAUGGAAAGAGACUACACUGAAAAAAAUGAUACACGGUUAAAAAAAUGGUGAUUUUUUAUUUCACUUUUUGUCACAAACUUGAUUUGCAAAAAAACACUAUUUUUAAUUUUUUAUUCAUUUUCUGAUAUGUUUUAAUGAACAUCAAAUGCCAACUUUUCAGAAAUUUUCAGAAUGGUUAAAAAUUUUUUUUACCGAGUUAUUUUAAAUAUUUAAAUGUCCCCCACCCCAAAAUUACUCCAAAAUUUUCUUCAACUUGUAAAAUCGAUUGUAGAAACUUUAGAUUGGAUCGCAUAACGUUUAUUUAUGCAGCUUAAUUUAAAUAAAAGCUUUAUAAUCUAAUUACAAAUUUUGAAUCCAUAGAUCGUUAAAAAGAUGUAAUUUUUUGGGAAAACAAUAUUUUUAUAAAUCAAUUUAUUUUAUUAUUAGGAUUGAAAUUAGAAAUUCUGGGUUUAUUUUUUAAUGCUCCCCCUCGAUCUUUGCCGUAGCUAAGGGACAACAAAUUGAAAUUGAAAUUGAACUAGUAUUGCUGAAAAGUUCUACCCAUGUCAGUGCUGAAAAGUGGAACUUUUCAGCAUUUGUAUUGAAAGAUAUUAAUUUUCCAUUCUGUUAUUCUUGGUAGGGAAAAUUAGGCCUCGCUCGAGAAUGGAAGAAAAUGUAAGAAGUUAUUACAUUUCGUUCAGUUAUUUUUGGCAGAGAACCCCUGACUUAAGGUGGUUGCAAAAAUACCCAACAUGCAAUAAAUAAAAAAAAUGUUUAUUGGACCUUUAAAAACACAAGAUUUGGCUUUUAAAAUGAUAAGCUGUAUAGGGAACAAAAUGUUUAUCUUUUCCAUCGGAUAUUCAGUAGAUAUUUUUUUAUGUAAAUGAUAGGUUGCAUGCAAAUAUGACAGCAAAUUAUAGUAUUUCAACCUAUUUAUUUAUUUUUUUUUUCAAAUAAAUAACAUACAGUGAGGGUUGAAGGUUCACCAAAUUAAUCAUUUGAAAGGUUACAAGGUGCAAUUAUCCCCUGGUAUCGCUCACUUAUCGGUCGCGGUUCCGGCAAAAAUAAACUAAUCGCUACGCCUAGGGUACCAAUCCCGAUGCGAAACGAGAUAAGAUUAUUCACGCAAAGUUGAACACUUUGCUCGUAUAUAAUUACACCGCAGCUGUUAAAUGUUGAUAUUGUGUCUAAGAUAAAAUUUCAAAUGAAUGAAACAGUUUAAAAACACCGCAAAAGUUCAUGAUGAUGUCAUGAUGAUUUAACAACUGUCAAACUGAAGUUUAAUGCACUGCUGACCUGCAUUUAAGCGAGCGAGAUCUUUGUACCGAUGACAAAUCUUUGUUCUGUUUCAGACGGUUGCGAAAUUGAAUACACACCUCCUCCGUGGAAUUGUCUGAGACAAUUUGCAUAUCACACUACGUUUCAGUGGAAAUGACUUGUUUUGUGUGGUUUUCCAGCUGCGCCGUGUUUCAAGUUGUAUAAAUGAGUAACAUUUCUCGGAAAAUAUCUGUUCAAGCUCGAUUGAGCGAACUUUAAACCCCUGGAUUGUACGUUGUUAUGAUGCGGGAUGGGAUGGAUUUAUGAUGUAAUUUGUAAAUCAUAAAAAGUGUUUUUUAAUGAUUCACUCAGGAUAAGAAAUAUGUCCAGUAACUGUUUUUUUUCAUUUUUUUUCCAACAUAGAAAGUAAACAAAUGUUAGGUAAUACUUUCAACCGCAAAACCAUACAAGCAAAUUCGCCUGAAGCAUAACUCUAUAGACAAGCACUUUGAGUAAAUAGUGAAAACGGGUAUCAACUGCAAUGUUGCUGUGGGGGUGUAAAAGCUAUUUAUAGCACUAGAAAGCACCUUCUGGUGCACUUACACUACAUUGCAACGCAUUUGUGCCGGUUAGGGAAGGGUGCUUUGUUAUACAUACACACACUCACAACUUACACUUCAUAUGGCACCGAAUCGUUGAAUUCAUUUCGCUUUAUAAAUAUUAAUUCAGUAAUCAACGCAAAGCCAAGACUGGUUUCUGUAGCUUGGCAAAGCUCGUUCUAGUUUGGAAUGGUUAAAGGAAGUGGAAUCCUUUGAAUGUGUAAGAGCUUCAGCCAAAAACGAACACUUGAGCACGCAAAGGUGUGGGGAAAAUCGAGUCACUUUUCUUUCAAAAAAUGUGCAAGUCAUCGAAGAGAAAACGGAAACCUAGCAUAACCAUAACUGUAAUACUAUUUCGGGCCUUUUUUUCAAAAAAAAAUGACUUCUUUUCAACAUUUUAAAUAAUACCCAACAAGUUUAAAACACCUAUUUUUGAGAAGAAGAAAAUGAUAAUAAUGCCCCGCAAUAACCCAACUCUCCCCUUUUUUUAUUGUUAUCAUAUCAAAUCAUCUCCCCGUUGAAUAAUAUCGCGGGGUGACAUCAUUUUUAAGCGUCGUCGUGAACACACAGACUGCUAGACAAAAUAACGUUUAUGCCUUACGCCGGUAUAGGUAUGUGUUUGUUCCAACCCCUCUGGAAUCAUAUGCUUAAUCUUAAAGGUAAACUCAAUUCAAGCGCACAGUCCAAUCGCUCAAAAAAUGUUCUGCUUUGGCAGUUUGUUUCGAAAAAGUAACCAAGCGGUCACCGAAGCUCAAGAAAACUUAACUCUUUCAAAAAUGGAAGGAAGUAGCAGUUUACAGGUGCCAAGUGUUGGAAAGACUGUGAAGAAUGCUUCAACGUCUCCGAUCAAAACGCCGGUUGCGCAAGUCAAAUCUUCAACAAGGCAGCAGCCGACAGGAUCGGCAACAGGCAAUCCCCGCAACAAAACGGCACUUAAACCGGGCCACUCGCUGAUGGAUUGGAUCCGGCUGGGCAACUCGGGCGCGGAUCUUGCCGGGACUGGUGGCCGGGUGCGGCCGGUGAGCCACGCCGAGCUGGCGGAACACAACAAACCUGGCGACAUGUGGAUGGCCAUCCGGGGGAAGGUCUACAACGUGACGAGCUAUUUGGACUUUCAUCCUGGGGGUGUCGACGAGCUGACGCGAGGUGCAGGAAAGGACGCCACUAGUCUGUUUGAUGAGGUCCACGCCUGGGUCAACUACGAAUCCUUGCUGGCCAAGUGCUUCGUAGGACCGCUCAGGAAUACCACCGUGCUCAACCUGGGUUCCCCGAAAGGCACGAUGCCACCUCCUGCGUUCCUCAAACCACCGACUCCGGUGACACCGCCAGCCGACACGCCCAAAACCGCCUCGGCCGUGUCCAUCGUGAGCAGUUCCAGUGAAGACUCCGCUGCCAAGACUCUACCCGUAGUGCCUCGCUUCGACUGGAUCCAGAAGACGGCCGAAGUGUCGUUCAUCUUCUACACCAGAGCCCUCUGCAAUCCGGCCGUCAUCGUGGAGUGUGUCAACAACCUCGAGUUCAACGUGCGUUUCUUCCUCGAAGGUAACGUCCUGCACCGGUACCGAUUCCAGGCGUCCAACAACCUCCAAUGGCCCUGCACCGUACGACAAUCGCUCGAAACCGGCAAGGUCGAAAUCGUGUUCAACAAGCUACUUCCCGGCCUGUGGACCAACUACGGAACCAUGGAGUACGACCAAAAGGAAAACUACGAACUCGAACUGAACGAGUACGACGUGGCCACCCGGAUCGAAAUCACCCACGAUUCCUGCGUGCUCCUCCUCCGACCCAAAAACAACUCCAUCCUCCAGCUAACCCCCAUCGGCCACCACAUCUCCGUAUCGGCCCCCAUCGAGGGCGAGUUCGUCACGCGAAGUUACACCCCGGUACCUGCCAACGCCGUCCCGACCGACUGUCCGCCCACCUUUAUCCCGCUCCUCGUCAAAACCUACCCCCACGGCGCCCUCUCGCGCCACCUGACCCGUCCCGUCCCGUUGGCCACCUCGCUGCAGCUGUCCCAACCCAGCGGGAACUUUGCGCUGGCCAAGCUCAAGCACCACAACCGUAUUGCCUUACUAGCCGCCGGAAGCGGAAUCACACCGAUGCUCGCCUUACUCAACUAUCUGCUCGAGCGGACCAGCAACCGGAUGGAGUCUAUUAGCUUGCUGUACUUCAACAAGACCGAGCCGGAUAUCUGGUGCCGGGAGAUGCUGGAUAAUUUAUGCGAAAAGGACAAAAGACUGUCGGUCAAGCACUUCCUAUCGGACGUGGACCCACCACCACCGAGCACCACGGCAUCCAGCACAGUGACGACGACGUUCGUCCACGAGCAGGGUCGGAUUUCGGAGGAAAUCGCCCGCCGGUUGACCAGCGUGGACUCGCCGCUGUAUGCGAGCUUUGUGUGUGUGUGCGGUCCGAAGCCGUUCAACGAGCUGUGCUGCCAGCAUUUGGAGCACGCUGGCCACAACAUGACCCAUCUGCACAGCUUCCAGGGUUAAGGGCGGAGGACGGGCGGACAUUGAUUGCUGCUGGCUGGCCGGCGCACAUGGUCUGUGAUGAUGAUGGAUCGAGAUACAAUCAUAAACAACCGGAUAAUAGAAAAAAAACCAAGAUUAUCCUGCCCUCCAACAACAACAACAUCUACGCCAAAACCGAGGAGAUUUCCCCUCUGAAACGAAAGUUAUACUACAAUUCCCAUCACAUCACACAGGCAUAUAUCAUUAAUUACAGGAAAAGGUGAGCUUUCAGAAAGCUCGACAAAAAAAGUGGCGUGGAAUCCGUUAGCCGAAAGUAGCUAGACAAUAUCGUGAACAUUUACUUCGUCGAAAACAAUUUGUUAUGAAAGAGAAAAGCGAUAAAAAACUUGCUGAACAGGAAAUGAGAAAAUCAGAAAAUUACCAAGAAACGGGACGAAAAACCAUUAUCAUCUUAAUGGAACUUAUAGCACCGUUAAAAGACACCCAAACCAGCAGCAUCUUCACACCAAUCAACAUAAUAGAAAAAAGUAGCAGCAACAGUUAAAAAAAACAAUGUUGUAAAGUGCACAUUUUCUGGUCAGCUUUAGGAAGAGAGAAAAACACAAGCAAAAAGUAGAUGAGCACGCGAAAACACCGCCAUCAAUGUCGCACACACAACACACCAAAGUAGUUGAAACAAUCUGAAACUUUGAUUUUUGUAACCAUGAUAGAAGACCAAAAGUGACAUUUUUGUUUCUGUUUCUCAUUACGAAAAAAAAGAUAACAUUUUAAAAUCGCGGAACAACAAGUAGUAUACAGGACAAAAGUAUAACAACAGACAAGUAGAGCAGAAAAUAUUGAUAUUUCAGUGAAAUCAUCAUCAAAUGGUUCAUAUUUAGCGUAAUGUAAUGUACAGUAGCGAGCAAUGUUGUAAAAAGAUGGAAAGUCGGAGAGAUUAGUGGUGAAAUAAAUUUAUUUAUUUUGAAA